AUGUCUUCACAAUUACCCACAAUACUUAAUUCUACGUUUUUAACUUCUGGCUUAAGUAAAGGAUUCUUUGAGUUUGUUACUAAAGUUGGAGAAGCUAUAAGUAAACAGGAAGAAGAUAGAUAUGUAACAGAGGAACUUACCUAUCUAAAAAAUAAAUUAAAUCAACCAGAUGUCUCGACGUAUAAAAUGAAAGAUUACAUAACAAGAUUAAUUUAUUGUGAAAUGUUGGGAUAUAAUGUUGAAUUUGGUCAUAUUCAUGCUGUUAAUUUGGCUCAAAGUGCAAAAGGAUUAUGGGAGAAAAGAGAUUUAAGGAGUAGCAAUUAUCUAGAAGUAUGUGCUGCACUGACCGUAUUAUGUCAUUUAUUAAACAAAGAAAUGAUUCCAGCAGUAUUUGGAUUAGUUGAAGAGAAAUUAUCUCAUCCAAAAGAUACAGUUCGGAAGAAAGCUAUCAUGGUUUUUCACAGAUUAUUUCAUGACACGCCUGAAAUGAUUGAACAUCUUGACGAGAGAUUUCGUCAAAUAUUAACUACAAGAGAUCCGGGCGUAUUAGGAGCCAUUUUAUGUCUUUUUGUCGAUUUUGUAAAGAAAGAUCCGAGUAAAUUCAAAGAUUUGGUUCCUGUACUCGUAAAUAUUCUCGAACAAGUGCUUGAUAGAUAUUUGCCUAGAAAUUAUGAUUAUCAUGGAGUUCCUGCUCCUUGGAUUCAAGUAAAGGUUAUUGAAAUGAUGGGAAUGCUGGCGCAGGAUGAUGAAAAGCAAGCCGAAAAUGGUGUAGAUUGUGCUUACGCAAUAAUAUUUGAAUGCAUUCGCGCGUUAGCAAGAUUACAUCCACAAGUCUUGAGGGCCCUCAUUCAUAAACCAUCGCAUCUUAACCCACUCAGUAUAAUCACUCGCUUCUUAAAAUCACAUAAUCAUAAUCUAAAAUAUUUGGGAUUGAUCGCAUUAUCUGAAGUUGAUCCUAUUUGGUGGGCUGAAGGUGAAUGGUGUGGAGAGGAGCAAAUGAAAGUUAUUGUUGAUUGUUUAGAAGAGAAAGACGAUUCCCUCAAACGAAAGACAUUGGAUUUAUUAUAUAAGAUGGCUAAUUCACAAAAUGUGGUCAUCAUCGUGGAAAAAAUGAUUGAAGCAUUACGCAAUACUUCAGCAACCGAUGAAUUUUUGCGUAAUUUAUUAGUUGAUAGAAUUAUUCAAAUAACUGAAAAAUAUCCUUUAGAAAUUUUGUGGAUGAUAAAGUCCAUAAUUACAACAUUCGAAAUUGCUGGAGAUUUGGUUCAAGAAAAAACCGGAGAUUUCGUUUUUUUGAUUAUGUCUAAAAAUACCAAGAAAGACAGUGAAUUACGUAAAUGUGCUUUCGUGGAAGCUUUAAAAGUCUUGGACAAAGAUUUAAGCAAUACCUCUUUGAGUUUACUUACCUGGACUGUCAGAGUGCUGGGAGAAUUCAUGGAUCAUUCAGAUGCGCAAUCCGAGAAAGUUAUCGAUACGUUCUGUGAAUUAUUAAAUAAGGAGUAUGCUACCCGUGGUCUUCAAAGUUCAAUAAUUACCGCUUUACUUAAAUAUGUGUCAAAGACAAAAGAUUGUUCAGAUAAAGUUAUGGAAGCUGUCGCUAGGUGUAGAGAAUCUUCUUCUAGUGAUAUCAAACAAAGAAGUCGAGAGUUUCUUAUACUAGCAGAUGAUUUGAUACUUUUGAACAAGUUACUGGAACCAUCAUAUACCGACGAAAUCACUAUUGACGAGACACUUUCGUUUCUUGAUGAAUUUGUUGAAACAGCUUUGAAAGACGGAGCCAAGCCUUAUAAUCCUAUACCAAUUGUUCGAAGCAAGGAAACAUCCGAAUCCGAAAAAAAACCGAUAGAAAUUCGAUAUGAAGCUUACGACAAACCAACAUUACCAUAUUAUCGGAACCAAUCAUCAAUUUCUAAUUCAAAUUUAAGUGAACCGAGAUAUGGAGACUCGGGACUUGCCACAUCACCAAUUGAUGAUGGCAUUUUAUCUAGUUGGAGCGGAAAUCCACCUGUAACUCCAGUCUGA